GUUUAUACAGAGAGGAAGCGACGUUGUUGUUCUCUACCAGGAAUUUGGAAGUAAAGGCUGAUUUUCUCACCCGAUCGUAACAUGCUCUAGCUUGCGUUGCCAUUCUGAUUUCUGCAUAAUAAAGACAGGAUCACAAUGAGUUAUGAAGAUAUCUUAAAAACCCGACUGGUCCAACAGGAGUGCCAUUUUACAUGGUCUCUAAGAGAAGGAGACUUUGCUGUGUCUGAUUUACUGAUUCGGUUGGAUGAACAAAUUGAGUUGGAAUCCGGCAAGGCCAGAGUAACACGGGCUUACAGCAGCUUGGGGUUCAUUUAUUAUCUUCUUUGCAAGCAACCGGAAGCUCUCAAUUAUCUACAGAAAUCUGUGCAGCUUGCAAAGGAAUACUACAAAGAAAAAAGUGAUGAAAUUCUAAUUGUUACAUAUGGAGACCUUGCUUGGUUACACUAUCAUAUGAAGGAAUUCUCCAUAUGUGAAGACUACUUGAGAUUGUUAGAGAGGAUCCAUGGAACAUUCUCUGAAGGAUUCAACUACACCACCCCUCUAGAAGUUCUCAGAGAAAAGGGUUGGACUUUUCUCAAAUUCUCCAAGAAAUACUAUAAUGGUGCGAAAGAAUGCUUCAGACAAGCCCUUGAAAUAAACCCAGAUGAUAGUGAUUUAAACACAGGUUAUGCUAUUACAUUGUAUCGCACAACUUGGCCCCCUGAACCCCAGGACUCGCCAACAAUGAAACAACUCCAAAGAGCUGUAAACCUUGAUCCAGAUGAUGCUGUUCUACUUGUGCUGCUGGCUCUGAGAAUGAUCAACAUCAAGGAUGAUGAGAAAGCACAUGAUAUUGCUGUGUACCUGGUGAUUUGUGCCCUGUUGAAGUCUUCUGAAAACACUCAUGUCAUAAGAUAUGCUGCACAGUUCUUUCGACAGUUGGGACCCUUGGAUGACGCCAUUAGUUUACUUGAAAAAGCACUGAAAGAUACCCCCAACUCAGCCUUUUUACACCAUCAAUUAGCUAGGUGUUAUACAACAAAAAAUCAAAAUCUGAGAAAUCAAAAUCCAAAGUGUAAUCACUAUCUUUAUAGGUGUAUUUAUCAUUUGGAAAAGGCAAUUGCAUUGAAGCCAUUUUUUAUUGUUGCUAUUGCUGAUUUGGCUCUGCAGUAUGGACGGCAAGGUAUUCAUUCAAAAGCUGAUAGAAUUUUUGAAGAAGCUUUUAAAAUGGCAAAUAUGAAAAAUGAGCAUCAGCAGAUGGUUUAUUGUAAAUAUGGCCAAUACCAGCGCCACCAAAAAUCAGAAGAAAAAGCCAUUUAUAACUUCAUGCAGGGUCUGAGGCUGCAGCCCAAAUCAUCCGAGGGCAAGCUGUGUGAGACAAAUCUGAGACGGAUUUGUGAUGUUCGUAUUAGAAAGCUGAAAAACCCACAUGACAGUAAGGCAUGUGGAAUACACGGAUUCAUUCAUGAAGUGAAAGGUGAAAAACUACAAGCGGCUGAGCACUACAAGAGAGCUCUGACAAAAGGGCUUGCUGAAGGUGAAAGCUGUUUGCUCACAGAGAUGAGGAUUUGGCUCAUGAGUUUAAAAGAAGCAGACAAAAAAUCUGUUCCAAGGCUAAUAUUUGACCGAGGUACUUAUGAAGAAGGACUUGGUAGUGGUGGGAUAAAAAUUCUUAAAGGCACAAUGGACAGGAAAAUUGUAAACCUGUUUGAGAUUGACAUCAGCAAUAUCAAGAGAAUUCUUCGAUGGGAACAGCAGGCCCUUAAUCCUGGACCUCAUGCGGUUAUACUUGCCGUUCCGCUAGAUCAUGGGGAAUUCACAGACAAGACUAAAGAGAUUGUUAAGGAUUUUGAGUUUCUCGGCGAGAAAUUCUGGAGUCAUGUCAUCGUGGUAUUUACAGAGGGAGACAGCAGUAUAGAUAAAUACCACGGAACACAAAAAAUAGUCUUACAGUGGCUUCUUGAAAAAUGUGGAAGGAGGUACUACAUCUCUGGCAUUGCGCCAUGUAAUGUAGAGAUGAGAGAGGUUUCAAAGAUGAUUCAGGAGAUAAUUCGGUGCAACAACUCAAUGCAUCUACUAUUACCAGAAAUGGCAGAUGGAGAUGCUCAGUUUCUCUCAGAAGCCUUUGUAGGGGUGGACAUAAAAAAUGAUGAUUUGGUCACUCCUGAGAUAAUUGACCAGGAAGGGCAAACUAUAUACAGGGUAUCAUGCUUCCAUGCAGGUUGGUUUCACUGUAAGUUUACAAAUCUUGGUUUCAACAUGAAAGGGGCAGGAGAGGUGCUGUACAGUACUUUUCUUCAGAAAAGCAGCAAUCCAAUUCCUGCCAACUGUUACCCGGCAGGUCCUCUGUAUGAAAUCAGAUGUGUUCAGGGCGAGCUCUGUGAACUCAGACUGCCUCACUGUGAGACCUCCAUUGAGGAUGGGAUCCAUUCAAUGUCAGUUAUACAUUAUUCUGACGACUUGGUUGAGCUUUUGAAACCUCAGAAUAUCACAAGCACACAUAUGACUGUGAGCAUCCCUGGAACAUCAAGAUUCAGGUUGACCAGGAUACUUAACUGGUUUAAGGAAAUUAUCCAUUGCCAUGCGAUACCAUUGUACCUUCAAAUCCCACACAAAUUGCUUGUGUUCUUACAACCUCGCAAUGUUAAUCCCCGAGACGUGGCUGAAUAUUAUGAAAAUUCUAAACUAAUCAAAACGACUUGCGAAUGUCAUCUUGAAUACAAUUGUAAAUACAGCAUGUCCUGUGAACCUUUAGAGAAACUUGGACCAUCAGUAAAUCUAGAUAUAGAAAUUCAGCCAACGGAACACAGAUUCUCCUGCAGCUUUAAAAAGAGGGACUAUUACUCUCCAGCAUUUGAAAUAGAACUUCCAGAGAACGUGAUGAAAGUAAAGUUAUCUCUCAAAAAGGCAACGCAAGAAAAAGCUGUGUGGGAAAGUAAGAUAAACAUCAAUGAUCAGACCUGCACAACGGUAAGGAGAAAUUUUGGACCAUUCCUCUUUACAAAAGUGUUUCAGUUCAGCAAUAUUCUUGGGAUGUCUGGUGUGAAUCGCUCUCUUGAGGUCAUGCCACAGCAUCUCAAUCGGGUUGAGGUCAGGACUCUGACUGGGCCACUCCAGAAGGCGUAUUUUCUUCUGUUGAAGCCAUUCUGUUGUUGAUUUACUUCUAUGCUUUGGGUCGUUGUCCUGUUGCAUCGUCCAUCCUCUGUUAAGCUUCAGUUGACGGACAGAUGGUCUUAAGUUUUCCUGCAAAAUGUCUUGAUAAACUUUGGAAUUCAUUUUUCCAUCGAUGACAGUAAUCCGUCCAGGGCCUGAGGCAGCAAAGCAGCCCCAAACCAUGAUGCCCCCUCCACCAUAUUUCACAGUUGGGAUGAGGUUUUGAUGUUGGUGUGCUGUGCCUUUUGUUCUCCACACAUAGUGUUGUGUGUUCUUUCCAAACAACUCCAUUUUGGUUUCAUCUGUCCACAGAAUGUUUUGCCAGUAGUGCUGUGGAACAUCCAGGUGCUCUUUUGCAAACUUCAAACGUGCUGCAAUGUUUUUUUUGGACAGCAGUGGCUUCCUCCGUGGUGUCCUACCAUGAAGUCCAUUCUUGUUUAAUGUUUUCCUUAUUGUAGAUUUGUCAACAAAAAUGUUAGCAUGUGCCAGAGAUUUCUGUAAGUGUUUAGCUGACACUCUAGGAUUCUUCUUUACCUCAUUGAGCAUUCUGCGCUGUGCUCUUGCAGUCAUCUUUACAGGACGACCACACCUAGGGAGUGUAGCAACAGUGCUGAACUUUCUCCAUUUGUAGACAAUCUGUCUUACCGUGGACACAUGGACAUCAAGGCUUUUAGAUAUACUUUUGUAGCCCUUUCCAGCUUUAUGUAAGUCAACAAUUCUUGAUCAUAGGUCUUCUGAGAGCUCUUUUGUGCGAGGCAUGGUUCACAUCAGACAACGCUUCUUCAGAACAGCAAACUCAAAACUGGUGUGUGUUUUUUAUUGGACAGGCCAGCUUUAAUCAACACAUCCAAUCUCAUCACAUUGAUUGGACCCCAGGUUGGCUGACUCCUGGCUCCAAUUAGCUCUUGGAGAAGUCAUUAGCCUAGGGUUUCACAUACUUUUACCACCCUGCACUAGGAAUGUUUACAUGUUGUGUUCAAUAAAAACAUGAACACGUAUAAUGUUUGUGCGGUAUUAGCUUAAGCAGACUGUGUUUCUCUAUUGUUGUGACUUAGAUGAAGAUCAGAACACAUUUUAUGAACAAUUUAUGAAGAAAUCCAAGUAAGCCCAAAGGGUUCACAUACUUUUUCUUUCAACUGUACAUUUUAGAGCUCUGGACGUUCAAAUCAUUAACCUCGUAUUUACU